AUGGCCGAGUCCAAGAAGCGAAAAGCCGUGACCAGGGACGUCGAUGAAGAUGCUGCUGUGGUGUCUGGGGACGAAUUCGACUUUGCACAUCUAGACGGGACCCUUGCAGACGACGAAUCUGUCAGUGGGGGUGACGAAGACGAUCUGAGCAGCGGAGCCGAAGAUCAGAGCGAUGCAGUAUCCGUAGGAACCGAGGAGCUGCCGUCAGAAGGCGAUGAAGAGCUGCUGAAGCCAAAAAAGACAGGACAGGCGAAAGAUACCAAAAAGGUGGACGUUGGCGUCCAGAAUGUGGCCUCGACACCCGAGGAGAAGGAACAUGAUGCGCCCGAUGAAGAACCCAACUACGAGAUCGUCAAAGACGCGAACGGGAACGUCAGGUAUAUCUAUCCCGAGAUAGAUCCCGGCGAUGACUCGGAUUAUUCGGUCCCAGACAAUGAAGCCAACACCAUUGGCAAUAUUCCUCUGUCCUUCUAUGAUUCUUACCCUCACAUCGGCUACAACAUUAAUGGGAAGAAGAUCAUGAGGCCAGCUAGAGGAGAAGCCCUCGAUGCACUCCUUGAUAGCAUCGAAGUUCCCAAAGGAUGGACUGGCCUCACAGACCCCGCCACUGGGAAGCCCUUAGAACUCACUCAAGAAGAACUACAGCUGCUCAAGAAGGUACAGAUGAACGAGGUCGCCGCCGACGGAUAUGACCCAUACGAACCUAUGGUCGAAUGGUUCAGCAGCAAAACUGAAGUAAUGCCUCUGAGCUCUGCUCCAGAACCCAAGAGACGGUUUGUGCCGUCCAGGCACGAGGCAAAGCGAGUGAUGAAACUUGUUCGUGCAAUUCGAGAAGGUCGCAUUUUGCCUUAUAAACCGCCACAAGAGGAAGAAGAGGACGAGGGAAUACAAAACUAUGAUAUUUGGGCCGAUGAAAAACCCAAGGCGGACCAUGCAAUGCACAUGCCUGCUCCGAAACUUCCACCUCCUGGAUUUGAUGAAAGCUACCAUCCACCGCCGGAAUACAUUCCAGACAAAACCGAGAAAGAGGCAUGGGAAAAGGCUGAUGAAGAAGACCGAGAGAAAGAUUACCUGCCAACGGACCAUGCGUCGCUGCGGAAAGUACCAGGUUAUGAACGAUUCAUCAAGGAAAAGUUCGAACGGUGUCUGGAUCUGUAUCUUGCACCCCGAGUACGCCGGACGAAGCUCAACAUUGACCCCGAUUCACUCUUGCCCAAACUACCGAGUCCAGAUGAACUUAGACCAUUCCCUACGCACGAGGCUGGCCGGUUUCAUGGCCACAAAGGUCGUGUACGAUCUCUGGCGAUUGAUCCAUCUGGACAAUAUCUCGCCACUGGGGGUGAUGAUGGCACCGCGAGAGUCUGGACCCUAAUGCCUCCGCGCGAGAUCUGGUCUGCACAAUUGACUUCGGAGGCCGGAGUCAAUGUCGUUCGGUGGCGACCUGGAAAAGACGCACCUAUAAUAGCUGCCUGUGCCGGAGAUGAUAUUUAUCUCUGCGUCCCGCGCCUCGGUACAGACUUCAGCGCGGAAGCCGAUGCUGCUCAAGCAAUCCUGGACGCGGGAUGGGGAUACGCGGCAACGGAGGGCAGCACAUCCAAGUCCAUAAGUGUCAAAUGGAGCCGACCGUCCUCUUCCCGACGGGACGAUGGUGUUGCUCUAGUUAUCCACCUUGGACAUACCGCGAAGACCUUGUCCUUCCAUUCCGGCGGCAACCACUUUGUUACGGUCUGUCCCGCCACCAGUGUUCCAGCAUCCCAGGCCAUCGCCAUCCACACAAUCUCCAAGCACCACACACAACUACCCUUCGGAAAGCGACUCAAGGGCGGUGGCACUCCGCAAGCGGCGCACUUCCACCCAAGCAAGCCAGUCCUCUUCGUCGCGAACCAGCGCGUGAUCCGAGCUUACGACCUGUCCAAGCAGUCACUCCUCAAAAUCAUCCAGCCCGGCGCCCGCUGGAUCUCAAGCUUCGACAUCCACCCAACAAGCUCGUCAACAACGGGGUCUGACAACCUAAUCGUCGGCUCCUACGACCGGCGCCUACUGUGGAUGGACCUGGACCUUUCGCUGCGGCCGCACAAGACACUGCGGUUCCACGAGAAGGCAAUCCGGACCGUGCGCUUCCACCCAUCGACAACCCGAUACCCACUCUUCGCGGACGCCAGCGACGACGGCACCAUCCAGGUCUUCCACGGCACGGUCACCAGCGACAUGAUGAGCCACGCGCAGAUCGUGCCCCUGAAAGUCCUGCGUGGACACAAGAUCACGGCUGGCCUCGGUGUUCUGGACCUGGACUGGCACCCGCAGCAUCCGUGGCUCGUGAGCGCUGGCGGCGACGGGACUUGUCGGCUGUGGGUUUCUUGA